UAGCGGCCACUCCGGGCGCCUGAAGGAGACUUGGAGACACCUGGGCCACCUUGCUUGGGUCGCUGGGAGUCGCCGCCGCCGCCGCCGCCGCCGCCGCCCGUCUUCCGUCGUAACUGCUAGCACUCCAUGAGGAAGAUGCUCGCCGCCGUCUCCCGCGUGUUGUCGGGCGUCGCCCAGAAGCCGGCAAGCAGAGUGCUGGUGGCAUCCCGUAAUUUUGCAAACGAUGCUACAUUUGAAAUUAAGAAAUGCGAUCUUCACCGGCUGGAAGAGGGCCCUCCUGUCACUACGGUGCUUACCAGGGAGGACGGGCUCAAAUACUACCGGAUGAUGCAGACUGUGCGCCGAAUGGAGUUAAAGGCAGAUCAGCUGUAUAAACAGAAAAUUAUUCGUGGUUUCUGUCACCUGUGUGAUGGUCAGGAAGCUUGUUGUGUGGGCCUGGAGGCUGGAAUAAACCCCACAGACCAUCUGAUCACAGCCUACCGGGCUCAUGGCUUUACCUUUACUCGUGGGCUUUCUGUCCGAGAAAUUCUCGCAGAACUUACAGGACGAAGAGGAGGUUGUGCUAAAGGAAAAGGAGGAUCGAUGCAUAUGUAUGCCAAGAACUUCUACGGGGGCAAUGGCAUUGUGGGAGCUCAGGUGCCCUUGGGAGCUGGGAUUGCUUUGGCCUGUAAGUAUAAUGGAAAAGAUGAGGUCUGUUUGACUUUGUAUGGCGAUGGUGCUGCUAAUCAGGGUCAGAUAUUUGAAGCUUACAACAUGGCAGCUUUGUGGAAGUUGCCUUGUAUUUUCAUCUGUGAGAAUAACCGCUAUGGGAUGGGAACAUCUGUGGAGAGGGCAGCAGCCAGCACUGAUUACUACAAGAGAGGCGACUUCAUUCCUGGGCUGAGGGUAGAUGGAAUGGAUAUCCUGUGUGUCCGAGAGGCCACGAGGUUUGCAGCUGCCUAUUGUAGAUCUGGAAAGGGGCCCAUACUGAUGGAGCUGCAGACUUACCGUUACCACGGACACAGCAUGAGCGAUCCCGGAGUCAGUUAUCGUACACGAGAAGAAAUACAGGAAGUAAGAAGUAAGAGUGACCCUAUCAUGCUUCUCAAGGAUAGGAUGGUGAACAGCAGUCUUGCCAGUGUUGAAGAAUUAAAGGAAAUUGAUGUUGAAGUGAGGAAAGAAAUUGAGGAUGCUGCCCAGUUUGCUACAGCCGAUCCUGAACCGCCUUUGGAAGAACUCGGCUAUCACAUCUACUGUAGUGAUCCGCCUUUUGAAGUCCGGGGUGCAAACCAGUGGAUCAAGUUUAAAUCCAUCAGUUAAAUGGGGAAUGGUUACUAUCCAUCGGUGGGCUAUUUGGCAGCAACUGUAAGGAAUGCUUUCUUUGUGUUCUCAAGUUUGUUAUGGAGGAAAAACUCAUAGGAAGAAAGUGUGUAGAUUAAGAUAGUCAUUGCAUGUGGUCUGUACAGUGUUGCAUUAAAAAAUGUUAUUGCACACUUAAGUAUUAGUAUGGAUAUUAUAAAGGUUAUUUUAGAUUUAUAUAGGUUAUUUUAGAUUUGUAUAGGUCUGAGGUAUUUUAGAGACCUAUUUAAGAGUUUGUUUAACCCUCCUUCAAAGUAUUUCUUUAAAGUAGUUCUAUUUGAUUUAGUUGUAUACUAUUUUAACAAAUGCCUUUUUAGUUACUAAAAGGAAAACAAGUCCUUACGUGCCUGUCCACCUCUGCCAUGUUUUUGUGUGAAGGGAAUCGUUCGCAGUACCUUACUGUGCACAGACGCCUCUGUCCUUGUGCAUUUUGGUGCUGAAGCUUGUUCACACUGAACCAUCGAUUCUCCUUAAUAAAACACAAUAUUUAUUCACACCAGGUAGGGGGUGGAAGGACAGUUCCAUUUUUAAAUAAGACUACUUCAUUUCAAAGGCCAAAUAAGUUAGGUUUCUCCAUUUAUACAUUCAAUAUAAAUACGAAGCUAUUUUCUUAAUAGUUUUCUAUUGACAUUCAUAUCAAACAGUAAAUAUAAGGCAUAUUCUUAUCAAUUUUAUCUUUUUCAAAUUUAAGUGCAAUGCCAGUUAAUAGUAAUGUAUGUAAUGUGUAUAUAUAGAAAACAGUGAUUCCCAGCCUUUGUUAUUUUAAACACCUAUAGUUCCACCUUUCCAGCAAGUGUUUUUCAUAGAAGUAAAUUAAACAUCCUUUUAAGAAUUCCAUAAUAGUCUGGGAUGUCACGAAUAGGUUUUACAAUCACUGUUCUCACAAUGCAUACAGUUCUCACCUUUAAAAUAUGCUGAUAAAUGACAGGUUAAAUUUUUACCAUAAGUCUUUAAAACUUCAAGUUCUUAAAUUGUUCAUUGAACAAUGGUGUUUUACCUGUGUAAACACAGCAGAAUUCGUGUGUAUGUUAACAGAAGCUUUACCAACAGAGAUGUCAGCUCUUUGCUCCCUCUGUCCCCUGGCUUACCGGAUUAAGCCUCCUCUUGGGUGGCUGGGGCUCCCUGAGCCUGUCUUCUGUUUUGGGAGACCACAGUCUAGAGCAAAACAAAUGAGAGUCUUUAGAGUCAUGAGGAAAGAUAACUUCAAAGCAACACCACAGAAAUACUUCUUUUGGAGCUGUUAUGGCCAAAGCUGUACUAUAUAUACUUUUAGACUUGUCUAGAUUUGCUGUCUAGUCUUAAGAUGCAAUCCGUAACUUAAAAACUAAAAUUGGAAUAUGUUCUCUUUACAUAUAUGAAAGUGACACUUGUGCCUUGGCAGGAGUGGGACACGGCCUUAGAGGUAUGCGCAGGAGUGCUGCUGGGUCUGUGCAGAGUGCGUCAUUUAAGAUGACACGUGGAAGAAUAAAGAAAGAAGGGUUUGAGUGUA